AAACAAAAGCACGAGAGAACAGGUGCAUGAUCCUCUUAUAAUGAAUGAAAUUCUUGGUUGUUAAUCUGAACCAGGUAGUGCAAGAUAUCAUGAAGAGGUAGAAUGAAUUUGCCAGCAAAGCGCCGCGGCCUUUCACCCGAGGGACGUCAGAUCAGAGAGCGACAUCAGGGAUCACUCACGAUUGGGCUGCAGGGCAUCACGGUACAUCCAACAGAGCGCAGUCGGAACCAACGUGAUUUCUUACAAGACAAUGUAAGACGGCUGCAUGAGAUACAAGCUAGGUGUAGGGAUAGAGAAAAUAGCAGAAAACCACAGCCUCUAAGGGCGACAAGAGAGAGUUCAGCAAGCACUACUUCUUCACUAAAACAGCAGGUGGACUGCUUAGCGCCAAUCCGCAAUGGUUCAGCAAAGCUUGGAAGACGAAGCCCAAGUUCAGAGUGCGAGGGAAGUGCGCACUCAGACUACUUCUCACUAACUGAUGACCAGAUUGAGACUGCGGCAGCACAGCUCAGUGCCCGUCUCCACAAUGGGGUGCAUCUACCAGACCAAAGUGAGAAGGGAGAUGGGAGACAUAUGCAGGAAAAUGGUUUUGGGCAUCAGAGCAGAAGUUCAAGUGCUCUGUCCCAGUCGCUUCCAAUGCCCACCAACAAUUCACUACUGAGGGAUGCCCCACCAAGACUGGCAAGGUCAGGGAGUCCUGUGAUGCUAAGGCCCAUCUCAUCAUCUCGACACGCCCCUGUGUCCCCACGCCCUGUCAGUGCAGCCCAUCGCCAGAAUUCUGGGGCUGGGUUGGAACUCCUCUCGGGAUGUGAGUUGAACCAUGGAAUGAGGAGGAUGCGGAUGGAUAAUUUGCUCUCUAAGAUAAGGAACCAAAAGCCAGCAUGUGAGCUGGACUACAAUACACAUUACAGAAAUAUAGAAAAUCAGCACAAAUUAUUACUAGAUAACUCAGACAUGCUUAGUCUUUAUGGCUAUGGUGAGGGAAGUAAUGGCACAGACACACAAAGAUCUGCAACAAGAACAGCCUUAAACACUGCAGGAAGUGGUUCCAAAACAUCAAAGUUGGUUCGUGCUCGUAGUUUUGAUAGAGAUGCCCUUUCCAGGAAAAGUGCAGUAGGGGGACAAAGAGAAAAGUCAGCAAAAUCUUCCACAAAGUCAGAUCAAAGGGCAAUCAGCUCACCAUCUCCACAACUGAAGAAACGCUUCUCAAAAUCCAUUGGUAAUCUGUCCCAUGCUGCCCCAUCCUCAGCUUCAGGGCAGAGUAGUCAGAGUCGUAGUGGCAGUCCGAGCAAAAUGAGAAGUGAAUCUGGUAAUUACAGUGUCAAGCAGUCAGAACAGACUCCACCAAGCCGUGUUUUGUCAAGUGUUCAAAGCAUUCAGAGAAGCAAGAGCAACUUAGAGUCACCUAGAACAUUUGAAGCUUCCAUUGAUGGUGCAAGUGAAGUGCCACCAUUAGAUAAUAGUUCAGACCUUGUUAGCCAGUACUUAGAAAAUGAAUCAAGAAUUAAGUCUGCAGCCACAAGUGCAUUACUCAACAGAACUGCUUCAAGUGGUGAGCUGAACCUCAAUUCAACCAUGACAUCAGACUGCAACUUCAACAUUAGUGAACCAGAUCAGUCAGUGUCUUGCAAUUCUGCAAUGGAGAAUCUCCACCUGGACUUACGACCUGAUAGCCAAGUCGAUGGUGAUAUGAGGAUACAAAACAACAACCCAAGUAGUCAGAUGGAAGAGUCUACCUAUGAAUACCAUCCAGAGGUCUAUAUGAAGCCUUACAAUGACAUAGUUGAGAAUGAACAUGUGAGUGAAGCUGUGUUUCCACCAGAGGAAGCCAAAUCUUCCACGCCAGUGCCAAAUGAGCCCCAAGAUUUGCCUAGUGUUAGUUCUAUACCGAAGCUUCUGAAGCAGAAAAGAGAGCAGCAUGGUCAGCCAUCAAGUCCAUCAACUUUACGAAGAUCUCAGUCCAUGAAGAACAUUCGCCAGCGCCAGGGAGAGCCUCCCUCAAGUUACAAGAGAGGGAAAUUGCCCAAAUAUCUCUUGGCCCGGAAAGAGGAGGAGAAGAGGUUAGCAGAGAUUGCCCGGUCGGUUGACCCUGAGUGUCCGCCUGGCCAUGCUCCACUUCCUGACCACGAGCGCCGCAACACCCUCCAUCUCCUACGCAAGAGUCAAGCAGAGGUUAUGCGAGAGCUCUCCUCCUUGCCUGUGGCCCAAGACACACUUAGGGUGAAGAAAAGGAGACAAGAUCUAGAAGAUAAACUUAUGCAGAUUGAAGAUGGUCUGCGCAUCUUUUCACAGCCGAAAGUGUAUGUUAUGAAUGAUGAUUGAGAAGCAGAGAAAAGGAUGUGUGUAUUAUAAUAACAUGAGUGAGUUUGUCUUAGCCAAGAAGCAUAGAGUGGGUAUCAACUGAGUAAAAGUGUGCAAGCUUAGGAGUAAUGUUUUCCUGCCAAGCUGUGUCUUUUGAUUCACACUAUUCAGGUACAUUAAGUGUCUUGGUAAUAAUCUGUCUGGAUAUUUUGAAUACAGGAUUUGUAAUGUGUCCAUCAUCCUUUUUAUUAAUGUGUCAUCAUUAAUGUAACAUCAUCCACCCCUUUUAUUUAUACAUAGUCAGCAAUUAUGAUUUUAUCAUGAGGAUGAGAUAGUGAUCUGUUCUAUUCAGUUAUUGUUUGAGCAGUAUUAAAAAGGAUAUUUGAAUGACUAAUAAAAAAAAGUAUGAAAGUUUUCUAUUGAUCCUGUCCUUUUUAAAAGACAUGGACUUUAAAUAUUUUUUUGUAAAAGAGGAAAAAUAAAUUUCCAGUUUUGUCAUAUUGAAUAGGUGAAGGGUCACAGGUUAAAGGGGUUAUCAUGUAUAUAUGCCUUUUGUAUGAAGGAAGUGGUUGCUUAACUACUGAUGUGCCAUAAUUUCCUUGAGGAAGUGGCAUUUUCAUUGGAUUAAAAGAAAAAUCUGAAAAAAAUACAUGUUAAUUCAUUGACAGUGUGAGAGCAUGUGUCCAUGUACUGUAGUUUUGUUUUACUUGUUUUGUUUGCAUAUAGAUGGCUUCAGAAGUGCACUGCCACCAAGAAAUAUAAGUUUUCUGAUAAUUUGAAGGAACAAGACAAAAAUAUGUGAUUAGAUAGGCCUUCAUCUUGACUUAAGUGCUUGUGAAGCAAUAUAUAUGUAAACAAAAUGAGAUAUGUACUCAUUGUCAACAGUUAAAGGUCUUAUGCCAUUCAUGGUAUAUACCUCUAAGAAAACUUCAAAGACUAAUUCUGCCCAAAAUUAUAUAUAUUGUUGAUUUCAUAUAAUAUUUCAUAUAGAAGAGAUGAAGUUAUUGUACUUUCUGUUUCUUGUGGUACAGGUCAAGCACUUCUAAAUUCACAUAUACCCUAGAAACAACCCAAAAGUAUGUGUGAAGAAAGGAAAUUGUGAGAAAAUGGGAUUUAGAUUUGCUGUAACAGUUCAUUGAAAAUCAGUCAUUGUGUGCUAUUACUGAGUACUCUCUGCAUUUCAGUAGCCAAUCUAUGCAUGCCCAAGAUAUAAGCAAUUCAGUUUUGCAUCUCGUUCUCUAGCUAGAAUACCUACUCACUUGAUGACUGCCGUGGCCCUCAGCCAUGCAUGCUGCCCCUAGAACUUAGUGGUCAUUUUAGCACCAAGAGUGGAUAUAUCAUGAAAGGGAGAUCAAGAUGCACAAUGAAAUCAGCUUAACUAAUGAAACAAGCUUUUUCACUAAACAUUGAACAAUGCAGAAGCAACUUUUGAAAAAAAAUUAAGGUGUUGGUUACCACUUAGUUCUCCUCAGUAUUAAAAUAAUUAUAAAUUCAGUAAAUGAAAAAAAAAGACAAAAAUUUCUAGAAAGAAAUUAAAAUGAUCCUAAUUGGCUGUGAACAUUAGGUUAUGAUUUACCAAAGUUAGUAAACUUAAUAAGUAACAGGAGGAAAAGGUAAGAAAAGUUGCUCAUUCCAAGCCUGGAAGGGGUGCUACUCAUAUUUAUUAAUUUUGUUGUUACAGCUUUGUAGUCUGAGGGAGGAAGCUUACUGCUUUUAUGUAUAAACAGAAGGUCCUUCUCACCGUCAUUAUAUGAUUUUAUGGCAGUGUUUCCUUUUUCAUUGUCAUUUUUUUCUAAUAUCUAUUUUUUUAAAUAUAUUAUUUGGGUAUUAACAAGCCUUGUAUACCUGUGAAUGUCAUUGAGUUUUAUGUGGAAAACUUGUGAAAGGAGAAAGAAUAUUUUAACUUUUAGGAGAAGUCAGUAAAAGAUGGUUUCUUUUACAAGUUUAGUUUAUUAUGCAUUUAUUUUCUAAAUCAUUGUGAUCAAGAAGAAAUCAACCACAAUGGAGAGCAACAGUCAGAUUCACAGUAAAUGUAGGUAGCAUUUUCAUCCAACAUGUUUCCAUGAUGUAUUAAAGGUACACAUUUCUGGAUAAAGUGAAUGUAUUUUUUGCUUAACCUCUUAUUAUAAAGUGUUAGGUCUGCAUAAGCCUUUUGUAUAUUACUUAGUUAUAGAAUUACAUCUAUGCAACAUUUUCAUAAAAGAUGCAUUAUUUUGUUUCAGAACAAGGGAAAGUAAGCAUUAAGUUAUGGUUUUAAUUUAGUAAUGAAAAAUAGUAAAAAAGAUAAAUGGGAGCAGUAAAUAACCUGUAUAUAAUAAUUUGUAUGAUAUACUCUGCCAAAAUUUAUAAGUAUUUUAUAAAUUGUUUUACCUGAUACAUAGUCUGCUGCAUGGCAGGUAAAGUUAAUUUUAACCCUUUCAUGGAGAGCUGCCUCUGCUAUAUUGGAUAUAUUACUAAGCAUAUAACUGGGAACAUUAAUUAGAAAUAAGAACUAAUUUUCAAAGGACAGAUCAUAUUGAACCCAUUUCUAAAACUUUCAGUGUAUAUUACUUUUUUCCCUAUUUUAUGUUUAUUUUAACAAACAUUUGAUAGCACUUUUGCAUGCAACCCAUGGCAGGGUUAAGAGUAUUAUGGGAACAAUUAUCAUUUAAGUCCUGUAAAGUGCCAGAGCUGAGGAAUUUCACCUAGUGUUGUGGUAUGAGAGUUCCAGAGAAGCUGUAAAGGAGGUUUUGUAGAAAACUAGAGUUAAUUUUGUUAACAGGCUUAUUUUUAUGGAAAUAUGUUAGGCCAUAUUUUCUUGGAGGAUCUUCAGGUAAAAAGCCAUUUUGUGACUUUUAUUGUUUUUUAAUUUUUGAAAGUGUGCUCCACUGUGUUACAACUGGAUGUAAAGAUAAUAGUGACUUUUCACUGCAAGGUGUUUUAAUAUGGAGAGAGAGGGUGUUAUGUUUUGAGAGAGAAGUAAAUAAAUGAUAUAUGAUAUUGGUA